AUGGAGCACUUUAGCAUUGAGGUAGACGACCAAUCACCCAAGGUAGGAGGCAAACAGCGACUCUCUACUCCAGAUGGUUGGGUCAUUCCUAUGGAGAUUGUCAAUGGACUUCCACACGUCCGUAUGAGACCACCAACAAAAUGUGAACUUGAGACACUACCACACAUUGUCUUAACUUCUGACAAGGACUGGGAUCCUAGCGUACUGGAUUCCAAGCUGGAAGACUUUGAGAAAUGGGCCGAAUCCAUCCCUGACAAUGGAUCUGAAGAAGGCGACAGACCUUUUGAUCGAGUCAGUAUCCUUAAGAGUAAUAAGACUGUCACUACUCUCAAGGAUGAAUCUCUAUUGGACCAGGCUCUUGAUUUCUUUGAAUCGUUUGACUACUUUGCACCAACUGACGGACUAUUCAAGGUUUACGAACGUCCAGAUACUGAUACGGAUUGGUUUGGCUGUAAUAUGGCCGACUUAUUCCGUCCAGAUUCUUACUUUGACGACCCUCCAAACCUGGCAGCGUUUGAAGUCAAUCAGUCACAUAGGCGACCAAGUAUUCUAUUUGCUCCUGAAGCUCCUAUCGAUUUUGACAUUGAAACGGGGCCAUUGCUUGCCAAAGAUGAUUUUCGAGAUCUUGCACCUGGUUUACCAAAGGAUAUGCUUACUCUUAACGUACUUCCUAUAGUAAUGGUAAUCGCAAUGGGGAGAGAACUGAUAAUGGCCCUCCGCCACAAACCAAGCAAGAACACGAACCUCUGCUACCAACUACUACAGAGUAUAAGAAGUCUCAUGAACGCGAUUGGGAGCGACUGUGACGAUACUUUGCAUGCGCUUAGUGUCAAUAGACAUAAUGAAAGUUUAGCAACCAAUACCGUCUAUGCUGACAUGCCAGACAUUGAACAUGGACAUGUGUCAGCCCAGUUCUAUCUGGGACUAUCCUCUCUUGUUAGCAACGUCUAUGUUGUCACUUUGGAUGCUCAAUUCCUACAGACAUUACAGGACAACAUACGGAAGAGAGGAGCACCAUUCAAACUUGUAAGCGAUCAGGCUCAAGCACAAGUUUCCAAAGCAGUGAAAGACUACCUCCGUUGGCUAUGCAUUGAUGACUGGCAAAGCGAAAUCCGCUCUGCCUCAACCGACACUGAUCCCAAUAAACGUCUUCAUACAUCUGAUGGGGAGGACUUGUCAGCCCCUACAAUAAUCAAAUCCAGAAACGAUAAGUCUAAAGUUCAAACCGUUGUUUAUUCCAGUGACGACAAAUCAGACUCUGAAGACGUUAUUGUGGAAAACAGUGACCUCAUUGGUCGAACAUUCCUUCUUAAACCAGAUAAAGAAGACUACGUCAGACGUGCUGAGAUUGUUGAGCUUAUUGACAAGCAUGAGCACAACACGACCAACAAGCCUGAACAUAUUCCUUUUUGUGUGAGCAGUAACAAAGGUGAAUACAAUGAUAUCAUGGCAUACAAUGAGAUCCUAGAGCGUUUGGAAGCCGAUAUGGAGAACCCAAUAGUUUGGAAGUUCAAGCAAAUUGUUUCCCAUCAAGGACCACUUUGA